GAAGUGGAAGUGUGGGGGAGGGGGCAGAGACUGAUAUAUGGUAUGGUCGUCUCUGAGUCUGAAGAUCUGAGUUAAUUGCAUUUGCAGAGAGAGAGAGAGAGAGAGAGGGAAGACGGUUGUGGGGAUUCGAUGGGGGCCACCGUUCACUCGCCGCUAGUCACUUAUGCUUCCGUCAUAUCUCUGCUUACACUCUGUCCUCCGUUUGUCGUACUUCUAUGGUACACCAUGACUCUUGCUGACGGAUCUGUUUCCGAGACAUUCCAUUAUUUAAGGCAGAAUGGGUUGCAGGGUUUGCUACAUAUAUGGCCCACCCCCACUCCCACCGCCUGCAAAAUCAUUGCAGUCUAUGCUGCAUUUGAGGCAGCACUUCAGCUUCUUCUUCCCGGGAAAACCGUUUACGGCCCUAUUUCUCCAACCGGCCACCGACCUGUCUACAAGGCAAAUGGCCUGCAAGCCUAUUUUGUCACCUUGAUUACUUAUUUUGCUCUCUGGUGGUUUGGGAUAUUCAACCCUACGAUUGUUUAUCAUCAUUUGGGAGAAAUUUAUUCAGCUCUCAUCUUCGGCAGCUUUCUCUUCUGUGUUUUCUUGUACAUCAAGGGUCAUUUGGCACCGUCUUCUACAGAUUCUGGCUCAUCUGGAAACUUAAUCAUUGAUUUUUACUGGGGGAUGGAACUUUAUCCACGCAUUGGAAAACAUUUUGACAUAAAAGUCUUCACAAACUGCAGAUUUGGAAUGAUGUCAUGGGCUGUUCUUGCACUGACCUACUGCAUAAAGCAGUAUGAAGAAAAUGGAAAAGUAGCGGACUCAAUGCUUGUAAAUACUGCAUUAAUGCUGGUAUAUGUUACCAAGUUUUUCUGGUGGGAAGCUGGAUAUUGGAGCACAAUGGAUAUUGCACAUGAUCGAGCUGGAUUUUAUAUUUGCUGGGGUUGCUUGGUGUGGGUUCCAUCUGUUUAUACGUCUCCUGGAAUGUACCUUGUCAACCAUCCUGUAAAUCUUGGCAUCAAGCUAGCGCUCUCAAUUUUAGUAGCUGGCAUUCUUUGCAUAUACAUCAACUAUGAUUGUGACAGGCAAAGGCAAGAAUUUCGUAGGACAAAUGGAAAAGGCACAGUCUGGGGAAAAGCUCCUUCAAAGAUAGAGGCCACAUAUACUACUACUUCUGGGGAAACUAAAAGAAGCCUUCUUUUAACCUCUGGAUGGUGGGGAUUAUCUCGUCACUUUCAUUAUGUCCCUGAAAUACUGGCAGCUUUCUUCUGGACAGUCCCAGCUCUUUUCGAACAUUUUUUGCCUUACUUCUACGUGAUAUUUCUUACCAUCCUUCUCUUUGAUCGAGCAAAACGAGAUGAUGAUCGUUGCAGAUCCAAGUAUGGCAAGUACUGGAAACUAUAUUGCGACAAGGUACCUUACAGAAUCAUUCCAGGAAUAUACUGAAGAAUGAUUAUCGAAAACGGCUUAUCUGGAGUCCCCCAACUUAAAAUUAAAAACCAAGGACGCCAUCUGUAGCUUUAUAUUGUUUGGUGCCUCCUUAAGACACGUGGUAGAUUAGACUUUCGCUGAGAGCUAAUUAUUGAAUUAUUGAACCGGAUUUUUUAAGCUAAUGUCGAGACUUGAUUUCGGCUCCAGCUGUGUUAAUCUCUUUAUCUAUGACUUGUGAGAAAGGUGCAUGGUUUACGGGCUGGUGUUACAAUUUGAAGUUUUAUUCUGUUCC